UCAACAUCACAGUGAGAUUAAGCUGGAAAUGUUUGGUAGUGAGUAACUAACCCUCAUCAUGUCAUGAUAUACUACAAUUAUACACAACAUUGCUUUAGUUACUUAACUUAGGAUCCAAACUUAAACUCCCUGCCCUGCCUAUUUAACCUCUCCCCCUGCUAUCCAACUCUUAAGUCUUCAUACCUACCUCACUCACUCGCUCAAUCUCUUCUUCCUGUGCAUGCACUUAUAUGUUAAGGUUAGUGAGAUCGAGCAAUAUCAUAUCAUAUAAUUAAUUGAAGACAAUCAUACACAUUAAACAUACAUACAUACAGACAGACAAAUAAAUCAACCAACACACAAGAUGGGAACACAUAUAGUUUUGGUGGUUGGUUUGAUCUGCGCUGUGUUUGUCUCUGCAGGAGCCCAACAACCUCCAUCCACCUCCCCAAACGCCUCUCCAGCACCACCCACUCCUCCUACUAAUACUCCUCCAACAACUCCCCAAGCUUCCCCUCCACCUGUUCAGUCUGCUCCUCCAACUGCUCAGUCUUCUCCACCUCCUGUCCAAGCUUCUCCUCCACCAGUUCAGUCCGCUCCCCCACCGGUUCAGCAAUCUUCACCUCCACCUGUAUCAUCUACUCCACCACCAGUCCAGUCUUCUCCUCCACCGGCCCCAGUCACUCCACCACCAGCAUCCCCACCCCCUGCCUCUCCUCCUCCAUUCUCUCCUCCCCCUGCAACUCCACCUCCAGCAACUCCUCCACCAGCUGUUCCUCCUCCAGCACUCACACCUACCCCUCUCUCAUCUCCUCCAGCAACUUCUCCAGCUCCCUCUCCAACCAAGGUUAAGAGUAAAUCCCCUGCAUUGGCACCCGUACUCUCCCCAUCAGAUGCUCCCGCUCCAACCCUCUCCUCUCUCUCCCCUGCCAUCACUCCCACCAGUAACGAUGAUAGUGGAGCUGCAGAGAUGUUGUGGUCUCAGAAGAUGGUUGGCUUAGUAUUUGGAUGUGCAUUCCUGUCCUUGAUGUUCUAGAUCGAUCUUCUCUUCGGAUCGCAGAUUGUUAUGUUUAAUUACCUAUAUAUAUUAUUUUGUGGAUGUGAUAUGGAGUUUAUAUUACUGCAUCUGGACUAUAUAUAUACAUUGUUUGCAUUCUUGGACAUUCAUUUCAGAGGAGGAGAGGUUUUGUAUUAAUUGAGGACAUUUAUUUUGUAUCUCACUAUAUUGCUAUUAGUUUAUCCAUCCAUUCCUUGCUUUCUUUGAGCAAUUUAUCCAUUACAUUUUUUUUGUUUAA